CUCGUCAGUUCUGUUUCGACGCUCUUUCGAGCUCCAUUGUUUAUAUGUAUACAUAUAUAUUUUUUAAGAAAUGUGUCACUAAUUUUGAUAAGAAAACAAGAAUUUCUCGAAUGAUUGUAAAAGAAGAAUUUAACACGCGUGUGUUGUACGAGAAGAUUUUUGUACAAAAGUUUGACUGUUCCUUCAAUUGAAGGAUGACGAGUUGGUCUCGUCAGCUUGUUCCUCGAGUUGCAAGGUCAAUCUUUUGCUCCAUAAUUCACGACAUUGCAAUCUGAAUAAAAUGUGCUUUGUGCUGGCCCUUUGUGUGAACUGGCAACGGUAUAUAAUAAUUGCAUCCGAAACUAGCGGCAAACGUUUCUCUUAGUUCAACGGAACAAUUAACCCAUUACAGUACGGGAACGUUGGAGGAAAUCCUGGAUAAUCCGGACGGAAUAACAACGCGAACCGUUUCCGAAAAGAUCAUGAGUAUCUGUAAAAAUACAAUACACUGGGUGCUCUUUUUGGAUGUUUUACUCGCCUUAUCAGUUAUCGUACUUUUAGCAGUAUUGGAAUUCUGGACUCUCCCACAACAGGGUAUCGGCUUUUACUGUAAUGAUCCAAAAAUUUCAUUUAAGUUUAUGGGGGACACCAUUUCUAUGACCCUAUUGAUAAUUGGAUGUCUCUUAAUGCCGCUUUUAAUAAUAUGGAUAGCAGAGUACACGUGCCAUCCGGCAAACGCGUACAGCAAGGAUUUAGGAUGCGCUGGUUCCAGGAUGAAACAAAUAUGGUUAUGGUAUGGUCAUUAUUCAAUCGGAAUAAUUUCCUUGGUAUUCAUAUGCGAUGUCAUGAAAACUUUGGUCGGUGAACCGAGACCUCACUUUUUGGAUACGUGCAAACCACGCGAGGCUGAGAAUUGUACCGAUGAGUACGUGGAGACAUACACGUGUACGAAUACGAUUGAUUCAAGCUGGUUCGUCUCGGAUUCCAGUAAAUCAUUUCCAUCUGGACACUCUGCUCUUUCUAUGUUCGCAUCUAUUUUUAUUGUGUGGUACUUACAAAAUCGUUUGCCAAGUCGGACAUUUUUUCUGAAACCGUGGCUGCAAUGUAUGAUAUGCUUGUGGACUGUGAUAUGCUCUGUAACCAGGAUCAGUGAUAACAGGCAUCACUGGUGGGACGUGUUAGCAGGGGAUAUCUUAGGACUAGCUUUUAGUGCGCUAACCGUGACAGUGGCAUGUCGUAGGUUUCGUUUUAACGGGGACGUUUCGCAGAUCUAUAACGACCCUGUAGAAAACGGUCAGAUUAGUUUUAACAACAAAAGGCAACAAAGUGUGAAGCAAUUGUUGCCUGAAACAACCGUUGAAGAAACUCGUGAAUUGAAAAACGUUAAACCGACCUCGUGGAAGGAAUAAGAGAAAAUAAGUAUUUUGAUAAACUAUACUUUUUACACAAAAAUUACCGGUGAGACUUAAUGCAUAAUGUGCGACGCAUUAGGCGUUGCACUCACUAAAAUUUAUUUAUUUCCUUCGAAGUUCGUGAAUGUUCAGGAUUACUUUGAUUGCUAGUCGAAAAAAAAAUAAUUAACAAUAGAGGAAUAAUGUUAAGUAGGGUACAAUUACCUCCGAUGGUAAAAGGUGUUUCCUUGUUUUCAGAUGGUGAAAGCCAUUGAAAACAAGUAAAACGUGUUCCGCCAGUUUUAUUGAGCACUUUGGAAUAUUUUCAAUAAUUCCUUUCAGUCUUUAGGAAGAUACAUAUCAAUACGAGUAACUGUAAACUUACAGUCACCAUGCUAAUAACAUUCCCUAUAAUAACGAUUAAACGUAUCAAACGACAAAUUUUAAUUUUUCAACAAUAUUAGUAAGGGUUUGAGAGUAAAUGAAAUCUAAUUACCUCAGUAUACAAAAGAUUUUAAUAUAAUAAUUAAGGUUUUAUGAUUCUGCAAUUUAACAGUAAGUGUACUGAAUAAACAAUAGUUACCGUUAUUCUUUACACACGGUACUCCAAUGAUAUUAUUGUAAAUAAAUAAGAAUUUUGGUAGAAAAGAAUAGGCAAAUAAUCAGCUGGAAAGGUGACGGAAAUCAAAGGUGGAUUUUUAUUAUGAAUCGGUAUUCUAAAUUCGUUAAAUUUGGGUGGUGUAGAUGAAGAGUAUUAUUAUAACUUUUAUACCUUAUAUUCUUAUAGAGAGAUGUAGUAAUUUUGAUAAGAACAAAAUAUUUUAGAAAGUUCAUAGUGAAUAAUGUAAUGGAUUGAAAGAAUCCUGUACGGUUUUAUAAAACAUAUACAAGAUUUUUGCACUCGUUUAACAACUUAAAGUAUGGUGCAAACUAAUAUUCACAAAUAUAAUAAAUUGUAUCGCGAGUCUGUAUUAAGUUAAGGAAUGAAAAAAGUAGCUUUUACUGUUUCAUAUGGUAGCUACGAAAGUAAUUCAGUUUUUAAUAUCAAAAUAGGAGUACAUUCCCAGUAAUAUUCUAAUAGAAACACGUAAAGAGAUUAAUUCAAAAUCGUUUGAACAAAUUAGAAACUUUGUUCAGUAUUAAACUAGAGGGUCCAUUAAUAGUAUUUUCAUAAACAAUUCUCGUAGCAAGUUAAAAUUCUUUUAGAACACGCACACGGAAAUGGUUCAGUAUUAACCAUUUAUCUUUAUGAUCUUAGGAUAAAUCACAGUUGUGCAUGUAAAAUUCUAUAUUUGCUCAUAAGAGUCUUUUAAGUCUUAAUUUAUGAUUGUGUAUUAAACGUUUGAUGGUAGCUUGUCAGGUGAUUAAGGAUUUAUUCAUUAAUUAUAACAUUCCGAUUGUGAUGCAAAAUUGUAAAUACUAUAAGUGUUCUAUUUAAAGAGAACAGUGGGUUGUUGAAAGUAUUGUAAUAUAAUUAUGUUUUAAGCAAAUUUGUACGUAUAUAUAUAUACAUAUAUACACACAAAUAUAUUUCCGCAA